AAUGUUUCAGGUGGACACCGGGAGUUUCACAGGCGGCACCGAGAGCUGUGCGAGGACACGCUUCUGCCGAACGGAGCCGCCGCCGCCGCGGCCGCGGCCGCCGCCGUCGCCGAUCCGACGGCGACGACGACGGUGAGCGGCUGCACGAGUCCUGGUCCAGGUUGCCCCGUGCUGAGCAUCUCCGGCCCGCCGACCCCGCAGCCGGCCGACAUCGACAACCACCCGGCGUCCCGCGUGCUGCCGUUCUUGUAUCUCGGUAACGGCAGGGACGCCGCCGACCUGCAGCUACUGCGCGCCCUCGGCGCCACCCGGGUGCUGAACGUCACCUCCCAGCUGCCCGGCUACCACGAGGAGCGGGGUAUCACGUACAGGCAGAUACCCGCCUCGGAUUCCGGCCAUCAGAACCUUAAGCAGUACUUCGAGGAAGCGUUCGAUUUCAUCGAGGAAGCGCGGAAGGCCGGAAGCAGCGUGCUGGUGCACUGUCAAGCUGGUGUGUCGCGCAGCGCAACAAUCGCGAUCGCUUACAUAAUGCGGCACAAAGGCCUGUCGAUGGUGGAGGCGUACAAGCUGGUGAAGAACGCGCGUCCGAUCAUCAGUCCGAACCUGAACUUCAUGGGUCAGCUGUUGGAGCUCGAGCAGGGUCUGCGGGCGUCCGGCGACGUCGCCAACUCCGCGCCGGAGGAGCCCACGACGGCGACAGCAACGUCAACGACGACGACGACGACGACGACGUCGUCGACGACAGCUACCACGACGGGUAGUUGUCACCAGUGCAGGUGGAGUCAUCAGCCUAGCAGCGAAGAGGUAGUCACCUCUGGCUGCAGCGUCUGAGACCGGGCUCCUCUCUCAUGUAUCUUUUUCUUCUGGUCUCUUUCGAGAGUACCGGAUCGUCGGCGACGGCGUCGGUGCGUCGCGAGGACGCAAACAUAUCCCGAGAGAUUAUCGAGAGCGAUUCUCCUUCCUGCGUCUCCUCGCGACAAACUCGGACAAUGAACGAACGUAAUUCGCAGUAUUGGCCGACCGUCUCCGAAGAUACUGGAUUCAAUCAUAGGAAGAUUCUGUAAACAUGAACAAUGAUGCCAUCGGCAUCCUUCUUGAAAUCCCGGAAACGCGAAUUUGCGAAAUUUUCAGUUUUCUCAAACUUCACGUCGCACGACGGAAUUGUCGCGUUUUUACCUCAGGCUCUUCAGCCUAAAAAUUAUUGGUCCUUAAGUUUUUUUUGUAAGAUUAGUACGUCUUUUUCCCCCAGAUUCCGUGCCUUCGGGACGACCAUUCAAUCGAAAAUGGUAAAGUCAAACUGCCGAACUAAUAAAAUCGCGACUUAUUAAAGGACUCGAAGGAACACAAAUGUGUGAAGAAGGAACAUUGUAUUUUUACGAAAGAUGAACUAUCUCUAUGAAUAAUUAAAUUAUUAUUCUCUAUUAGAGAGUGCCACGUACCAAAUUAGUUAUAUGUUCUACACGCAAAAUAAGCUCGAAACGUUACAAAUGCGAUGUACCUUCUUCAUACGUAUAUCCAAGAAAAAAGAAAUAGUUACAGAAAGUUUCUCUAUGGAGAAAAGCGUAAAAGCAGGGAGCGUAUUUUUACGUGAGAAGAAUUUGAACACGCUCGCUUCCAGCUUUGAAUCGAAUGAUUAUUUAUUUUUCAAAUGACGUUCGCACGAACGGUGAACAUAACUUGUACUUACGACACACAGUGUUCCAUAAUACGCCUGGUCGAGUCAAUAGGGAGGCAAGUGAAACGCAUGCAGAAUGUGCUCGCCUACGAGCUUCUCAUUAAAUCAUUGAUUGUCGUCCGGUAUUGUUUAUGCAAGAGGAAGGAAGAUGCGAAAUCGGCGGAAGUGACUGUUCCAAUGAUUAAUUAUAGGCAGCUCGUAACAUAAAAAGAAACUCAGAACGAAACAUUGGAAAUUUGUUCUUAUAGUUUCAAAGUUUGAUUAAUGACGUUGAUUAUUAGAGAGAAAUCCGCGAAUCUCUAUUAGUGAAAUAUUAUUUAACAUUACAUAGACAUAUAUUUUAACAUUUCAUAUUAACAUGAUUAUUCAUAAAUUAGUAGCACUGUAAUAUAGGUACAACCUAUAUCAAUAGAGGGGGCGAAGGGCAGUUUAUCAAAUUAUCAAUAUAAUACACAAAAAA